UCCUCGGCCUCGGUGGCGGUCGUGGACACGUCGAGCCUGGCAGAAGUGGAGGGGGCUUCUGAAGAGCCGUGAAGGGGAGAGAUUAAGAUUCUGAGAGGAAGGCGCCAGUGGCUGAACUCGACCUGGGAAGGAUCUCAGGUGGAAUCUCAAUCUCAGGAAAGCAGUUCAUGGUUAGGGGCAGAUCCUGGAGUGGUCAGCUGGGAGCAAAUUAAAAAGUCUCAGCAAAACAGUGUACUUCCUGUUUGAGAAUCUUCUGCUGACACUCAACUUUGCCUGGAAAAAUGAAUCAUUCUCACCAUCACCCGACAACUGCAACCUCACACUCCCAUGGUGGAGGAGACAGCAACAUGAUGAUGAUGAUGCCUAUGACCUUCUACUUUGACUUUAAAAAUGUGGAACUCUUGUUUUCCGGUUUGGUGAUCAAUACAGCUGGAGAAAUGGCUGGAGCAUUUGUGGCAGUGUUUUUACUAGCAAUGUUCUAUGAAGGACUCAAGAUAGCCCGGGAGAGCCUGCUGCGUAAGUCACAAGUCAGCAUUCGGUACAAUUCCAUGCCUGUCCCAGGACCAAAUGGCACCAUCCUUAUGGAGACCCACAAAACUGUUGGGCAACAGAUGCUGAGCUUUCCCCACCUCCUACAAACAGUGCUGCAUAUCAUCCAGGUGGUCAUCAGCUACUUCCUCAUGCUCAUCUUCAUGUCCUACAAUGGGUACCUCUGCAUUGCCGUAGCAGCAGGGGCUGGUACGGGAUACUUUCUCUUCAGCUGGAAGAAGGCAGUGGUAGUGGACAUCACAGAGCAUUGCCAUUAACGUCAAACUCCAUGGCGAGGCCUUACCGGUUGCAGUGGGAAGCAGUUCGAGACUGGAAGAUGUGAUUCCUGCUCCAAUCAUCCCUCCUUGCUCCUGUCUCUUUACACACACACACACACACACACACACACACACACAUACACGCAUACACGCGUGCACACGUGCACACCCCUACACCCCUGCUCAACAUAGGUUUAGUUUACAGUCUCUGAGCUGAAGUGAUAACCUCCCAAACUUUUUUCUAAUAAGCUGAGAUUCCCAUUUCUCUUGAGGAGAAGCCACCCAUGAGAUGUCUUUUCCUCCCCCAUCAUUCUAGAUCUAAGUUAUAUGUUCUUGUCUAAUCCAGGUAGCUUUGUAUUCAAUGACUUGAUCACCUGCUUCCUUUUUUAAUCUUCUGGAUUUUUUUAAACAGACAGUAAGUGAAUUUGGUGGACUUUUUCCCUGGGUCAGUGAUGGAAAGGGAUUAAUUUCAGCCAGGAUUAAUGGCAGCUGAGAGAAAUUCUUGCCCAACUAAACCCAGAACUCAAACUUAACAUUAGAAAAUAAGGUCCUGUCUUUGGACUUAAUGAGUGGGAAAUACAGUGUGCCUUUCUCUAGGUGUGAUGUAUUGCACCAAAAUCUUUGUAGUAUGCAGAGGGGUGCUUUGAGACUAAUACAGGUCUAGAGCUUGCAGAGUGUGUAUUCUUGGAUGGCUAACUCAUCAACUUGUGUUCCCACUUAACAUUUUGAUUAGAACGAACUUGCCAGUCAAAAAAAAGACAAUCAAUUUGAGAAUAUAGAAAUGGAUAUUUUAAAAUAAAACCAUUGGCAUUUUA